AUGAACACAAAACUUAUAGACUUUCACCUAAGUUGUAAAAAUGAGUUCAAUGCGAUUUCAAAGUCAUUCAACAUCAUGUUCUAUGGCUAUGGAUCCAAGAGAGGGUUACUGCAUAAGAUGUUUCCUUGUGCAAUUCAUCUCGACUGCAGAUCAACCAAAAAGAGUGAGAUAAUGAAGCAGAUUGUAAAGAAGAUCGGAUGUCGUUCGUUUGACGAUUACAAACAAGCUCCUGUAUCAAUCAAGGAGAUAGAUGACACAAUACGCAAUAGAAGAGAAAAGUAUAAGUUGGUGAUGAUCAACUUUGAUUUUAGUUUUGCAGAGUUUCUGAACCUCAAGAACUUUGUUGUGCUUGCAACUAUGGAGAAUGUGAAUAUAAGGUUUGGUAUGGAUGAAAUAGAGAGAUUCAACUUUGUUUUCAGAGACCUUACAACAUUUGAGCCAUACGAGGAGGCUGCUGAUAUUGAAAUAAAAACGUUAAGAACAGGAAUGUCAAUAAAUGUCGUGAAGAACGUUCCUAGGAAUUCAAUGAUGGUUCUACGUGAAAUCCUGACAAUUGGAGCAGAUAAGACCGAUAUGAACGAACUGUUUGAACGAAUAAAGAAAAAGCUGUUUCUGGCAUCCAGAUCUUCAAUAGUUCCAAUGAUUGCUGAAUUCAUUGAUCACAGAAUGCUGAGAAUUAGAAACAAUUCAGAGAUAGUUAUAGACAUUCCAUCUGUAGAAAGGAAGGAAAUUGUGGAGUUGCUGAAUAACACAUUGUAA